AUGGGAGGAUGCGUCGUGUCAUUAAUGGACAGGAGGAACCGCUCUUCGCUUGUCCCGCACGAGUAUGUGACGGAGUUCCGCGCCCUUGGACAGCAGGCGGUGCCUGUUGCCGGCACUGAGGAGCCCGGCGCCUCCCCCAUCUACCGCAUCGCCGGCUACGACGACGCGCAGCACGCGCAGCUCUCACGCGAGUUAUACGAUGGCCCCAACCUCACGCAGCGCUUCGAGGCCAUCUGUAGCGGCUCGCCGGAGCGGCGCGCGCUCGCGUAUCGUCCCAUCGACCGGGUCGCCCAGGAGGUCAUGAAGGACGUCAACAGCGGCAAGGAGAAGACGAUGAAUGUCACGUACUUCAAGGAGACGCAAUACCUGACCUUCAAAACGCUAUGGGAGCACAUCACGGCCUUCGGACGCGGUCUCGUCGAGCUUGGAGUGACACCGGAUUCAAACGUUUCCAUCUACGAGGAGACACGGUGGGAGUGGCUCGCAACCAUUUACGGCAUCUGGACACAGAGCAUGGUGGCCUGCACAGUGUACGCUAACCUCGGCUUGGAUGCACUCGCCUACGCACUGCGCGAGACGGAUUGCAAAGCGAUUAUCUGUAAUGCAAAGAAUGUGGCGUGCUUGGUGCGCUUCAUGGUGGAGGGUACUAUAGAAAAGGCGCCCAUCAUCUACACCGGCACCCUCCCCGCGUCCCUUGACCCCAAGGAUUGCCGUCUUAUUCCGUGGGCGGAUGUGGUGGAGAUGGGCCGCCCAUGUGCUGACCGCAUUCCGCUGCGCAUCCCCACCGACAACAACCUGAAGGCGCUGAUCAUGUACACCAGCGGCACCACGGGCAACCCGAAAGGUGUUGUGCACACCCACGGCUCGUUUUCGGCCGGGGUGUCGGCGUUGAACUACCGAGUCCUCGACAAUGUUGGCCCUUUCGAGGAGGGAGAGACCUACUGCGCGUACCUUCCACUUGCUCACAUCAUGGAGUUCAGUGUGCUGAACAUGUUUGUCGCACGUGGGGCGCUCGUGUGCUUCGGCACCCCGCAGACAUUGACGAGCCUCACCGCCCGUCCACAGGGUGACUUUGCAGAGUUCAAUCCCGUCUUUAUUAUUGGCGUUCCGCGCAUUUUUGACACACUGAAGAAGGCUGUACAGUCCAAAUUGCCACCCGUCGGCUCUCUGAAGCGCAAAGUCUUCGACCGCGCGUUUCAGAGCCGGCUGCAGGCACUGAUGGAUGGUAAGGAGACGCCCUACUGGAAUGCGAAGGUGUUUGCCGCGGCGCGUACUAUUCUUGGCAAGAAUGUCCGCGCUAUACUCUCUGGCGGUGCCCCACUCAGCGAAGCAACUCAGAACUUCGUAAAUGUUGUUUUUGGGCCUAUUUUUCAGGGUUGGGGCCUCACCGAGACGGUGUGCGUUGGUGGCAUUCAGCGCCGUGGUGACAUGGAGACCAGCACAGUGGGCCAAAUGGAACCGACUGAGGAGCUGCGGCUGCUUGACGUGGAGGGGUACAAGCACACUGACACACCGGAACCGCGUGGUGAGAUUUUGCUCCGUGGCCCAUUCCUCUUCAAGGGAUACUACAAGCAAGAGCAGCUCACACGCGAUGCCAUUGACGCCGAUGGGUGGUUUCACACGGGAGAUGUUGGCAGCAUAGGGCCCAACGGUACACUACGCAUCAUUGGCCGUGUAAAGGCAUUGGCAAAGAAUGUGCUGGGCGAGUACAUUGCCAUGGAGGCGUUGGAGUCUAUGUAUGCACACAACGCCCUCUGCCUGCCCAAUGGAGUCUGUGUGCUUGUGCAUCCUGACAGGUCUUACAUCUGUGCUCUGGUGUUGACGGAUGAAUCCAAGGCAUUCGUGUUUGCAAAGGAAAAUGGUAUCAAGGGCGAAUACCCAGAUAUUCUACAGGACCCUGUAUUUCAGAAGAAGGCGGCAGAGUCCCUUGCGGAAACUGCGCAAAAGGCCAACCGAAGGACUUUUGAGGUUGUGCGUCACGUACGUGUCCUCAGCGACGAGUGGACCCCUGAAAAUGAUGUACUGACAGCGGCGUCGAAGUUGAAGCGGCGUGUCAUUGACGAGCGGUAUGCAAAGGUAAUCGAGGAGUUGUUUACGGACCCUUGA